GCAAUGAAUGCUGUUAUCAAAACUUGGCGAGAUGGGCCAUAUAUAUUUAUUGUGCAAAUUGGAAUUACAACUGCAAAGAAUUCUACUACCAGAGUUAAAAGAGCUGAGAAAACAACACCUUCCUCAUAUCAGAAUAAGCCCUUUACAAUGACAGUAGAACUGAAGGGGCCAUAUGAGUAUCUCUCACUUGCAGACUAUCCUCUGAUGAUUUUUUUCAUGGUGAUGUGUAUUGUGUACGUGUUCUUCGGGGUUCUAUGGCUUGCGUGGUCGGCCUGUUACUGGCGAGAUCUCCUGAGGAUCCAGUUCUGGAUUGGUGCUGUUAUCUUCCUGGGAAUGCUCGAGAAAGCCGUUUUCUAUGCAGAGUUCCAGAAUAUCCGCUACACAGGAGAAUCUGUUCAAGGAGCAGUGAUACUGGCAGAACUGCUUUCUGCAGUGAAGCGCUCAUUGGCUCGAACUCUGGUCAUCAUAGUCAGCCUGGGAUAUGGGAUAGUCAAGCCUCGCCUUGGAGUCACUCUUCAUAAAGUAGUUAUGGCUGGAGCCCUUUAUCUGUUGUUUUCUGGCAUGGAAGGUGUUCUCAGAGUCACAGGGGCCCAGAAUGAUCUUGCCUCCUUGGCUUUUAUUCCCCUGGCUUUCCUAGAUACUGCCCUGUGCUGGUGGAUAUUCAUCAGCUUAACUCAAACAAUGAAACUGCUGAAACUUCGAAGGAAUGUUGUGAAGCUCUCUUUGUAUCGGCACUUCACCAACACGCUCAUCUUGGCAGUGGCAGCAUCUAUUGUAUUUAUCAUCUGGACCACCAUGAAGUUCAGGCUGGUGGACUGUCAGUCGGACUGGCAGGAGCUGUGGGUGGAUGAUGCCAUCUGGCGUUUAUUGUUUUCAAUGAUCCUUUUUGUCAUCAUGAUUCUGUGGAGACCAUCUGCUAACAACCAAAGGUUUGCUUUCUCACCACUGUCUGAAGAGGAGGAUGAUGAUGAGCAGAAAGAGCCAAUGCUAAAGGAAAGCUUUGAGGGAAUGAAAAUGCGAAGUACAAAGCAAGAACCAAAUGGGAAUGUAAAGGCAAACAAAGCUCAGGAGGAUGACCUGAAGUGGGUAGAGGAGAACGUUCCUUCAUCGGUGACAGACGUUGCUCUUCCAGCUCUUCUGGAUUCAGAUGAGGAAAGAAUGAUUACACACUUUGAAAGGUCCAAAAUGGAAUGAAGGAGUAGCUUUUUGCUACUGGAAGUGGAGACGCCUCUUUUAAAGUUGCUUGGUGGAGCAAGUGCAUCCUGCUGAUUUGUUUCUUGAUCUCAGUCUUGGAAGUUCGAUGCUUUAUUGUCACGAGGGCGCCUUGCUGUGGAAGAAGUUCACAAGGACAUUAUAAACCUUUUGGAAAUUUGAAUUUACAAAGUUGCUGCAAGUUUGGAUUUUUAAGCAAUUUAAAUGUGUACUAUUCCAGCACCUUCUGUAACUUUUCAAAUAUUUAAUCUGUGAAACUAAAAUUCCUAAUGUCUGCUUGAGGA